AUGCAGGUGAUGGAUCAGCUGCGCCGCGAUCUCUUGCUCGCCGUGGGGUCCUUCGCUUUCGUUUUUGUUUACUUGACUUUUCACACUGGGAGCCCCCUCCUCGUGGUGGCGGGCCUGUCAUGCGUCGUGAUCGCAGUGCCAUGCGCCUACGUGGUGUUCGUCUUGAUCAAGGGUUUCGAUGCUUCCUUGGGAAUCACGUCCUUUCUUGCUCUCUUUGUGAUCAUCGGUUUUGGCACGGACAACAUCUUUGUGUACACGGAUUUCUGGCACGACUCGAGGGAUCACAUCGAAGACCGAAAGGCUUCGGGCGCGUUGGUUGAGCGUCUGGCGUGGACGUACAGGAAUGCUGGCAAGGCCACCUUCGCGACGACGUUCACCACCUCGCUCUCAUUCUUUGCCAACCUUGCCUCUACGCUGAAGCCUCUGAGGGAGUUCGGGCUCUUCAUGGGCCUCUGCGUCGUGAUGGUAUGGGUUCUCGUUUCCCUCGUUUACGUGCCCGUGUGUCUCGUAGAGGAGAGCAGGUGCAAAGGCUGCUGGAGCGGCAACGAUUGCCGCACAUCGCCCUCGACAGGGUCGCGGCGCGGAGUCCGACUCCUCGAAGUGCUAGCUGAAAAGCUGCACCAGUGGAAGGGUGCCUGCUGCUUCAUCCCCUGCGUCCUCGCCGUUCUUUCGGGCUACUUUGUGAUCGUCCAACUCCAGCUGGACACUUCAUUUCCAUCGCUGUUCCCAGAGGAUCCUUCUGCAUAA